AUGGAGAAAUAUGAUUGGAUGCAAGCCAUAAAAACGAACAUUUUAAUUUUGAAAAUCGUCGGUUUAUGGCCAGAUAGCGAAGAUUACAAAUUUGAUUUUUACGCUUUACAUGCGUCAGUUUGGUUAUCAACUCUACUAGUGGCGUCCACAUUUUUCCAAGGAAUCAACAUCAUAUUCAUUCUGGACGAUGUGAAAGCACUCACUGGAACUGCUUACGUCCUUCUAACCGAAAUUUUAGCAGUUAUCAAAACCUAUUUCGUUGUGAAAAACAUGAAAAUGCUCAAACAUCUCAUGCAGUCCUUAAACAAUAACAAACUUUUUCAACCCCGGAGCCACGAACAAAUAAAAUUAAUCCAACCAAGUCUAAAAUUUUGGAAGUUACUCUACAAUUUGUUUCACUCGCUGGUUGGGGGAGCGACGCUGUUUUGGAUCCUUUUCCCAAUUGUGGAUAAAAAGGAGAAGAGAUUACCAUUUCUUGGAUGGUACAUUGUUGACACCAAAGUAUCACCGUAUUAUGAAAUUGUGUACGGAUUCCAAUUCUGCAGUUGUUGUUACAUGAGCGCUCUUAUUAUCAACAUUGACACCUUAAUUGCGGCUUUAAAUGUCUACAUUGGGAACCAAAUUGAUAUUUUAUGCAACAAUUUGCGAAAUUUAAAAGCUGGUUGUUCGAUAGAACGCGACCUAAUAACGUGCAUAAAACACCACCAAGAAAUUUUGAAUUUUGUCCAAUACGCCAACAAGUUUUACAGAUGGAUUAUCCUUCUCCAGUUUUUCGUGAGUGCCGUUUCUAUUGGUAUAACAAUGUUUCAACUGACUAUUGUUGUGCCUCUUUCAAGCGAGUUUUAUUCAUUCCUCUUUUAUGCAAAUUCAAUUAUCUCGCAGAUAUUUAUGUACUGUUGGUUCGGAAACGAAGUGCAAACUAAAGUAAGUCUGCUUAAAAAUAAAUUCACACUUUGGUGUUUUUUUCAGAGCAAUAAAAUUCCUCAAGCAAUUUUUGAGUCAGGUUGGACUGAUUUUCCACUAAAGACAAAAAAAGAUCUAGUGUUUCUUUUAAUGAAAACUCGGGAACCGAUAAAAGUAUCAGCGUUUAAUUUAUUUUCACUCUCAUUAGACACAUUUAUGAGGGUAAAGGACAUUCUCUUAUUACACAACACUGUGAAAAUCUGUUUUAGAUUCUAA